AUGACGAUACACGUUCACGAACAUUGCUUGCGCAUGGCUAGGCGCGAGGAUGGCACACCGUGGUGGGCAGCAUUCCCAGAGCCAACUUCGACGCCCGCCCAUAUCGAGCCGCAGACCGUGCUUGAACUUCUUGAACAGCAAGAACAUGUCGACCACCAACCGCAACCGCAGAAAUUCUUGCUCGUCGAUUGUCGCCGGACAGACUGCACGGGUGGAACUGUCAGCUCGUCAAUCAACCUACCCGCCCAUAGCUUCUACCCCACGCGCAAGAGCUUGUACGCGUUGUGCAAACAGGCCGGGAUCCAAAAGGUGAUCUUCUAUUGUGGCUCCUCCGCCGGUCGGGGUCCUCGAUGUGCCGCCUGGAUGCAAGACUAUAUCGACGAAGCAGGCGGCGAUCUUCAGUCGCAGGUAAUGACGGGCGGGAUUCGAGGCUGGGUGCGGAUGUACGGCGACCGCAUGAUGGACGGUUAUGACGAGAAGACGUGGAAGCAGCUGUUGUCGGAGACGGGCCGUACGUAA